AUGUCCAUUAUCGACUGGCAAACUUUAUUUGAUGAUGUAUUUGAUGGUUAUCCUGAUAAGUGGACAUUAACUUAUGUUCAUAGAAAUUAUAAACAUAACAAUCGAAAAUUUAAAAAUCAGCGUCCAUUUGACAGAACUGGAUACGCAAAAUUCCAUUGUUCAAAAUGUUCCAAUGGUUGGGCAUCAGCUAAAGCUAAAGUAAUUUUAUAUUAUCCCAAUGCUAAUGAAUCACUUGGAACAGUUAAUUUACGAUUUUUUGGACAGCAAUGUAAAAAAUGCGUUGGUAAUAAAAGUAAUUUUGCUGAUCCAGAAUUUGACGACGAUUGGAUUAAAUCAACUUUGGAAAAACUUUAUGAAAGAAUUGGAUGGAAUUGUUACGGUAUACAACGACCACCCAAAACAGUAAACAACGAACAAAAAUUGAACAAGAUUGAAGGUCCUCAUGAAAUAGCACUCUGUGAAGCUUGUCAAUUAGGUUGUUGUGAUCAAACAACGAUAAAAAAGAAAUAUUAA